AGUAUCCACAGACUCCCCUGAGAAGCGACUGACAGUCCGUCGAACCAGUGCGGAGGAUUGGUGUGACCAGGAGCGAAGCGGCUGGACUCUGCCUCAUUGGUCCGAGCUCGGUGAACUCUCCCCCGGGGUCGCCUUGGGGGGAAAUUAGCAUGUCCUUCAGCGUGUCGCCUGCUGCCUCGCUGCUCGCUGGAGUUUGGGUGUUUACAUGAAAUUGUGUGUCAAGUCAAAUCAAGGUGAAGGGCUAACUACAGUCGUACGAUGCCCAGUGUGUGUCCACACAGCUGAGGAGACUUCUGCUGUAAAGUUGGUGAGUACUUUUUCAACUUUGUCACUUUUUUCAGGUGUCUUUUUCAGCAUAAUUAUCCCUUAAACCAUGUGAGUUACUGUCUGAUGUUUGUCUUAAAACUUUUCAGCGCUUGUCUUUUCCUGUUUGCCCUCUUAUCACACAGGCAGCCACAGUCAAUACUGCACUUUUAUCAGUAUUUGAUUAGGUUGUAUUUCCCAAGCACGCAGUGGAUAUGGAGUCUUGUUUUAUCACACAAGCAUGGGAACUAAAACUGAUGGUCUGACUCCUCUUGUGCAACUCUUAAUAGCAAACUCAAUUGCAAUACUACAUAAAGUCAAAUAUCUUCUAUACACAUUGUUUUGUUCAUUCAUUCUCCCAUACAUCACCUACUGUGUGGAAGCGUGGGGGAACACAUACAAAACAAACACGGAAACAAUAUACAAACUCUAAAAAAGAGCAAUAAAACUAGUAAAUAAAAGUACGUACAGAAAACCAUCAAGGCACUAAAGUUCAAGGAUUUGGUCCAGAACCACAGGGCAUCUAAAAGUUGUUUCGAAUAAGAGAAAACAAACAUAAUCUCAGGCGAAUAUGCAUUUUUAAAAAAACAACACAAAAAUGCACCGUAUAUCAGACAAAUCUGUAGCAAAGAAAUGAAAACCUGCACAUCACUAAGCAAGUUCAAACUUAUUUUUAUACACCACAUUCUGGAUGGCUAUAAGAGAGAAACGGAAAUGUGAGUUCAUAACAAAGUGCCUUUUUUCUGAUAUAUUUUCUGUCUUCUGUGCUGUUAUUCCUACACAUGCUCAGACUGAUUAAAUUAUAGUAACACAACAAUAAAAGGGUAGGACUAGAUAAGUUUCAUCAACUUCAUCCUGCACCCUUUCGAACAAAGUAUGAUUAUCUAUGUUGCUACAGAGCUGUCUCUUUCAUUGUUUUUCUGCCAAAGCACAUUGUAUAUUGUAUUUAUUUUGUUUUUCUUUUGACCUGUUCGAAUAAACAAAUAAACUAAACUUAAACUAACUAACUCUUCUAUCAACUUGUUGCUUAAAGAGCAUCACCUUGUCCUCCCUGACUCUCCAGGUCUAAUCAACACCACCAUGACAGGUGACACAGUAGUCUGGAGGGGUUUAGCCUGGAUGAAGCAGGCGGCCAGCAGAGCUCCGCUAGGCGGCAUGAACAGCACAGGGAACCAGAGGGUGGUUAACUUCCAUCAUGCCACCGGACCAGCAAGGGUGAGCGAAUCAGACAUGAUCUGGCAGUUAAACAGCUGCAGAGAGGGGUAGAGUUUCACAAACAUGUAUCCCGAAUAACUUCUGUGUCUGUUUGUGCACCAUCACCUCAUCGGCGCUGCGACAAUAGUGAGUUGUGAGGCAGAUAGUAUAGGAGUUACACACUAAUACGGGACUUGAAAUUCAGACAGCAUCGGAUAGAUGAGGUUUUACCGGAAAUUAAAGCUCCUGUGGGUGCUUUAAAAUUAAAUUUAAUUGGCCAUUAAACAGACUGGAAUUGAUAUUAAUGUCCCUUUAUGACCUAUAAAAGCGAACUAACGGUGGGAAGCAGACUACAUUUACAGGGUGUUUUUGAUGUCAGAAACAUCUGCUGCAGGGUAGGUGUCAAGCAUAGUUAGAAAACCGCAAAUUGUCUUUGUGUUUUUUUUAACUUUUUCUACAGCAGAGAGUCAGUGAUAGAUAUAAUGCUGAAAAUAAACACAAUUUAAACGUGCAGAGGACAAAACUAAAUGUUUUCAUAGAAGCUUUAAUUUCAUUAAUAUUUGGACUGUUAUUUUUUUAGCUCUUACCAGGAGCUUUUAAACAUUUUGACACUAGAAACUUUAUGGAUUUUAGUUAAAAAGCUUAGGGUUAUAGUAAGACGCCUGCCUGGAGAGGGAAAACUGUCCCACAUUUCACCUUGGAGAGCAAAUUUCUCCUCCUUUUCCUCAUCUUGCAGGACACUGAAAUGAAACAGAAACUAAAAUUCUUCAAUGGCAUGUAUCUUUUGAUAAGAUUUAUUCUCACUAAACUACAUUUAUUUUCUUUAACUGAUUGCUGCCUCUGGAACAAUAAAAGCUUUUUUCAACCCAGUUUGUUAGCCUUGGAUCCAGGCCACACAUCUUUCCCCUCCUAUUUCAGAGAGCUUUCUGCCCAACCUGAUUUAGAACAGGCCAAUCAUAACAGAGUAUUUAAAACGGAUUAGGGUGUACUAUGAUGACUGAAGGCGGUUGGGGCAUGUCCAAAACAACCAUGACAACAAGAUGUUGCAUAGCUUUGGAUUGAAACCAAAAACUGGAGACCAGCUAACCUGCUAGUGGGACCAGAUUUGCUCAAAUGAUUCUUGUAAACCUAAAACAAAUGUGGCAUUUUCAGUUGAUUUUUAUCACAUUUGAACCAGCCGGUACUCUUGUUUCCAGUCUUUAUGCUAAGCUAAACUAACCAGCUACUUCAUGCUAGUGGUGGAUGUGAAAGGCAUACGUCUAAUUAUGGAUAUGAAAGUUAAUUUUAGCCCCUUUCACAUAAUUUUAAACUACUCCUCUGGCUACCAGGCUCAUAUGAAUCUUUUUUUCCACCCAGGAGACUUUCAACAAACCGCACCAAGUCUGCGCUGGAGCCACAGCGGCUCAGUUUCACAGAUAUUCCACUCUAGGAGCUUGUUUCAGUACCUGUUUCAUUGGAAAUGUCAACGGAGGACAGAGCACGUGCAGUGUAGGAACCAAUACCAAGCGUCUGAGGUACCACAGGAGCGGGUCGAGCCAGCUGUUCUGUGGACAUACUCGGUUAUUUAACCAGGACAACUCCACGGUGGGACGACUCACUUCGGAGGACAUCGGGAAAGAGAGGAACAAGAAAACAGAAGUCAAGCCACAUAAACAAGUGGUAACCGAACUCACACUUUGCCAUUAGUGUUUAAGAAAUUUAGUCAACUCUUUCUUUGUUGACGGUUUGUAUGAUUUGGCCUUCAAGUUCAGUCUCAUUGUGUUUUCCAGCUCAGUGAACAAGCCAGAGAGCGAAAGGUGCCCGUCACAAGGAUAGGAAGGCUGGUGAAUUUUGGCGGUGAGUUACGUAUCAGCUAAAAGCUGUGAGAAAAGACGGACAACGUGCCAGUUCAUUAAAACUGAAGCCAAAACAGUUAGAACUCCCCCUAGUGGCUAGCUGCAGUAUAGGCAAAAAACUCCACCUUCUCCAUGUCAACAAACUGAGCAUGAGCCAAACUAUAAAAUGUAAAUAAACGUCAAAUAGAGUCUUCAUAAUCAGGGUUUCUGUCAAUGUGGUUAGUCGUAUUAAGGUGAUUUAUGUUUAAAUAUUUAUUUUACUAUGAAUUUGGGCCUUACUGUAAUAUUUAGUUCUUUUUUUUCAUCCUUAAUGAAUGAAAUACGACCAAUAUAGGCCUCACAAUGAAAUGCUGAGAGAUUUUAUCCAGAAGUCUGUACUUGAAGAGUUGUAAGGUGGACAAGUCUUGCUGCCCCCAGUUUUUAGUGCUAACCCCCCCACACCCCCAUUUUGUUACAGUACACCGAGAAGUAAAUAGACCCCGUUUGAUCGACUAGACUCUAUGAUUUCAGGCUUUACGAUCGUCUUUUGUGGGGUAUUUUCAAGUUUUGUUUACAUUCAGUGUUGGUCAAAAAAAAACUCAGUGUGCACCCUGAAGGUUGAACAAAUGUGUUGAAAUUACUUCCUUCCUCUUCAGAUAUUUGCAAUACAAAUUUUUCAGGGUUCUGAGACCAGCUCUGUUUACAUCCAUGCGCACUUCUGCUUCUCUGCCAUAGCUGCUGAAAUCUCUCCGUCAAAACAGGGACCGACUCUUAAAGCUUCAAACAUCUAAGCUUUUAGACUUUAACCUGUCAGUCUUUGGUGUUUGUAGAUGGUCAGAGUUUAGACUGAUUAGUAAAUUGAUUUAAUGAAAUUUUUCAAACUGAUUGUUUCAGCUUCUUACCUUAUGUUUAAUCAGGUAAUCAUGGGUUUGAUCUCCUCUAGGGUUGUUUUUAUUUUUACUGAAAUUGAAGCAUCUAUGAAUUUAAGCUCUAGAUAAAUCUAGCAUUGGAUUUGUUCAGUUAACUUCCAACUGCUGUUUUUUUAAAGUAGUUGCGCAAGAAGUUUGUAAAUGACAUCGGCUGCACCAGAACUUCCUCAAGAGCAGCCAGAAACGCUCUGCAGGAUGUCAAUUUCUGCUGACUUUACUCACUAUGAUAUGAAUUGAAUGUGAUUCGAUGACAGGAAGUCAGCGCAUUUCCUCUUUAUUUUCAUUAUUUUUGUUGUCUACUGUUAUCAAAAGACUCCUCUGAGUACAGUUUGAGCAUCAGGUUUAAAUGUCGGAUUAAGCAGGGAGGCUUCUGCAUUGAUGACCUGGGUCAGUAGUUUUGCCGAGUGAGGUACAGACAUGGAGAAAGUGCUGACGCGCCCCCCUCACAGGACUGAAGUUACAGAGUAUCAAUAGCUGAGAAAAUGUUUCAGGGUCCUGCCUGAGAUUCCAGUUAAUAGAGUACACGUUAACGAGCAGCCCCUUUUCAUCACAGGGCAGCACGGUUUAAGAAGUAUCCGGUUUUACUCGGCUUCUCUCUGAGCUUUAAUUAAUUUUUCUCUGGACUCUCACAGGACCCGAAUGUUGCCCUAUCAAAUCAGAUCUACCUCUGAUGACUGAUUGAUUUUAUUACACCUAGGCCUGUCACGAUAACAAAUUUUGCUGGACGAUAAUUGUGCUACAAAUUAUCGCCGAUAAACGAUAUUAUUGACACAAUUUUUUAAAUUAUAGAUAAUGAUAUUAUAUGGCAUAAUAAUGCGAGUACACCAUGUCAAAAGUGAUAAACUUUAAUUUCCACACGAGAACAACACUGGUUGUUUUCGUUGACUAAAAUAUUUCUCUUUUCUCCCACGACGAAGACGUAACGUUGACGAGCUAAACAUAAGUCGGAGAUGACUAAAAUGUGACGAGACGAAAGUGCGUUUACGUUGAUGGGACGAGACGAAAAUGACGAACAGAGUUGCAAAACUCAGUCAGUUAAACGCUAAACAUACAGGAGCAGCUUCAGUCCGCUCUGACAGCUCUCAUCAUCCUGCUGUGCUCCUCCAACACACAGACACACACGCACGCGCGCGCACACACACGUGGAGUUUUGUGGUUGACGAAAACAAAACUGGUUUAAAGCCGAAAUAUUCCCACACUUGGGCUGUUGCGUUCGGUUUAGACACCAAAGCUGUCGUGUUCAUUCUGUUAGCUUGCUUUUCACUCACGACGCUCACUUGCAGCACUGUAUCCAAAAAGUCUGUGUCUGUGUGUCUGUGCGCGCCAGCCCCCUCGUGACAAAGACACUGAAUGACUGACAGGAGGGUUCACUAACUCCGUUCAUUCCGCUAUAGAGCCAACGCCCCCAGGUGCCGAGAACAAUGCGCAGAGUGAGACCUCUUCUCUCAUCCAGCGUGUUUGGUAGCGAGAGAGGAGGAAAACAAACGCACGUCAAUUAUCGAGGCUGGCAAAGUUAUCGACCUCGUUUUUAUUUAUCGAGCGAUAAGGCGAUUUAUUGAUUAUCGCGACAGGCCUAAUUACACCUGUUUUUAUGUGGUUGUUGUGGACAUUAUCAGACGCAUAGUAGGGCACUGAUAAGAAAAUCAACCUAAGUCUUGUUUGAGUAUACUGAAUGGAAACUUUUACAGUAUAUAUGGUCUGAUGUAGCAGCAAGGAAAUGCUCCAUAAAAAGAAUUUCUUUUAGUCCUGCGGUUUAAACUUGCCCAAGCAAAAUUUGUACUGAAGAUUAAAGUGCUCUUGGCGCAGAAUUGUUGAUUUUAGAAUAUUUUUUAACACAAGGAGUUAAAGUCAGUGAUCGAUUGAUAUUUUUAAAGCAGAUUUCAUUCAUUUCCCACACUAUAAUACAGUGUAACUUAAAGCUCCUAUGAGGAGUUUUUAGCUGGUCAUGAAACAGAUGUCCCAAUAUGAUCAGCAUUAGCGAACAUGAUCAUUAGCAUCAAAAUGUAUUUGUUAUGUUCGAUUUCUUUUAAUGAUUAAAACUGCUGCUGUAGGGUAGGUGUUAGUUGAAACUCAUACAGCCUGAAUAGCCGGUUUAUUACAUAUUCUUUGGCAAAGAUCUUGAUGAGCAAUCAAUUUACAGGAUUUGAUUUACAGUAAAAAAAUAAAAUGAAAUAAAUAAAAAAAUACAGAUCAAAAUUGUGAAAGAGCAAACAAGUAUUGAUUCGUCCACAAGGGGGUGCCAGAACUGACACAAACCUAAUAUUCACAAAGGAGCUUUAAUGUUACCAAAUAAACUAAAAUAAUUAAAAACAUGUUGUUGACUUUGAGAAACGGAGUACAAAGUAUUGUGAAAUGGAGGCACCCAGGUGAUCUUGCAGCACCUCAUAUUUGACAUGCUCAUUUCUUGCAUUUCUUUUUUUUUUUUUUUUAGUCUAAUGUAUUUAAUUUAUUGUUGUUUUUGCAGGUCUGGCUGUUGGACUCGGCUUUGGCGCAAUAGCUGAGUUGGCCAAGAAGAGUCUGAAACCUCAACAAGGUGAGCAAUGGGAGGAUUUAGUUUGAUAGGUUCGUCUCUCUUUUAUAAAGCCGUGACUUCACUUAAAGCUCCUUUGAUUGGUUAUGAAACAGACUGAAAUGAACAUUGAAGUAUCUCUGCAAUGUUUAAAGAUAUAUGAGACCACUGACAACAAAACUGAUAAGUUAAUAAAAGGAGUUUUUAAUGCAUGCAAGAGCCACAUGAGAUUAUCCCCAACCCUUUAUUUACUGUCUCUGCUGCAGAUAUUCACAGCGAGUAACACAUUUGACAGUUUAAAGAAAGCAGGAUGAGAUUUGGUUUUAGAAAAUAUAACUUAAACACGUACAAGAUGAGAUUAGUAAAAAGAUAAGAGGUUGACUUUGUCCACAGGGGGCGCCACAAUCAACACAAACAGAAAGUCCCUCACAGGAGCUUUAAAAAGAGUUUAUUUCUGACCACUAAGAGAAAGAAAACACUCUGAUCAGCCACACAUUAAAUACAGUGAAUCAUUUUGUUGAUCUGAUAUCAACAUAAAACAGUUCAGCUCAUUGAUUGUCAACAACAGCCUAACACACCCUGAGAGAUAUUAAAGGGCAAAGUACACUUAGGUGAGUUUUAUGGCAAAUUUUCAGCCAGCAGAUUUAUGGAUCGAUAGACAUCACACUGCAAAAAGAAAAGAGCAAAAACAACGUCCAACACAAGUUCAAUGUGAGCCCUUGAGAACAUGCGCAUGUAUUAAAUUGUGCAGUUAAUGUAAAUGAAGUGACUCUCAUGUUUUAGAUUGUGCUAAUGUCUGUCAUUACCUCAACUUACAUAAGAAAUACUUAGAAAGGUUAAAGGUGAUGCAUUACACUUCAGCUCCUUUUAGAAACCAUUACUGCGACAGCAACAAGGACUAUUGAGGGUAACAGAUAUAACUUAGAAGUAAAAAUAGAAAGGAAGAAGGGAACUAUGUAGAGAUAAACUCAGAAUGUUUAAAGGUAAAGUUAUAAGUAAAAGUCAAAUAUUUCCUGAGACAAUUAAGUCCCAAAUUUACAAGAAAAAAAUAUUUAAAAAGUCAUGAAAAUAAGUAAAGAUAGUUUAAAGUUGAAUCAGAAUUUGAAUGUUUUCAAAGCCCCACAAUAAACUUCAUUUAGUAAAGCAGUCCUGUAGUACAUAAAUAUCAGCGAUAUCAGCACCGUAAUCUGCAGCUGAAGAACAGUCCUGACUGACAUGUUUGUUUUUUAGGUCCUAAAAAGUCCAUCCUGGACUCCAGUGCCUUCCUCUCUGAAGCCAACGCUGAAAGAAUCGUCCGGACGCUUUGCAAAGUCCGAGGUGCCGCUCUAAAACUUGGACAGAUGCUGAGUAUUCAAGGUGAGGGGUCAUCAAAAAUGGACUUUGUUUUUUUCGUGUUUGCAGAAAGUCUCCCUCUAUGACCGAGUGCAAGCACGCUCACUGCUGAGGCACGUUUUGGACGGUAAAUCCACCCGUGUGUCUGUGUGUAAAUAAAGGUUUGGCUUUCAUCGAACACAAACAGUAAACUGACCCUUCAUCUUCCCAAAAAACCCUUCAUCAUGUCUCUGAGUCAGAGUCUCUGGCAAAUGAACAAGACUCCUUCACCAUCAGGGGAAAUGUCAUCACUGAAAAUAAACUUGGGGCCAGCUGCACACAAUAAGUGCCAUUCCUGUCGAGCUAUUGUAGGCAGCUGGGGCCGAACUGACAGCACGGUCUGGUUACCUUAAACAGCUCUCACUGUACAGUAAUGUUGUGCUCUCAGACUUUGACGGCCCGGCUUGUGCCUCUACUUCUAACCUAACAGCCAAGUUACAAACAUCUGUGACUUUGACUCAUUUAAUUCUGGCGAACGGUUCACGGCGGCUGUAAGUGAUUCACUGCAAGAGCUCACUGGAGAAUCAUGAUUCAUCCUGAGGAAAGUUACAGAGUUUUAUCAACAUUUAUCUUCAUGUCUUUGUAGCUCUUGAGUUUAUUUUCUUUCCUUCAAAAGUUGUGAGAGAUACAAACCAACCCUCUCUUGUUAUGUCAGUUUGCUUUAACCCUGUAGAUAAAACAGGCAGAUGAAAAAGCAAGAAAAAAAAGGAGUAAAAGGAAAACUUUAAUAAAAGAAACUCUUUUAGAUUAUAUGACCGACAUUUAUAAAUAGAGGCACAGUGUGACAUCUUAAGAGAGAGGGGGGAUUGUCCCUUAAAACGGACUGGACUGGAGGCGCUGAAGGGAUUUGUGAAAAGGUCCUUUUAGAAAUUUCUUGUUGCAGCUAUCAACUGAAAAGUGUCGGAGGUCAUACUUGAGUUAAAAACCAGCUUUUGAUGAUACAGUCUCAUCUCCGUCUCCAUGUAGAGCAGCAGCUGGUCUGUAGUUUGUGAUUAUAGCGCCUGGUUGACCUCAGCAGAUAUGAGAAACAGAAAUCAAUAUUCAAGAGAUUAAUGACUGAACUUACAUUUUUAAACACACAAACAAACGUUUUCCCACUUAAAUAAUUUAAAGUGUCUUUAUUUUCUUUUUCCUGUAGAUGACGCCUUCAUCAACCCUCAGCUGGCCAAAAUCUUUGAGCGUGUCCGACAGAGCGCAGACUUCAUGCCUCCCAAACAAAUGAUGGUUAGAGUACAGAGAGCUUUUGGUAAAUAAAUCAAACCAGUGGAGAGGAAAGUUAAGUGAGUUUCUCUUCUCUCUGCAGAAAGCCAUCAGCAGCGACCUCGGCCCAAACUGGAGGGACAAGCUGGAGUACUUUGAGGAGAAGCCAUUUGCAGCGGCGUCCAUUGGUCAGGUGCACCUAGCCAGGUUGAAGAACGGCAGAGAGGUGGCCAUGAAGAUCCAGGUGAUAAAACACAAAAUAAAAUCCUUAAAGGUGGGGUAGGCAGGAUCUGAGGAAGUGCCAGUUUUUGGGGAGAAAUCUUGAAUGUAAACUCUACCCCUCCCAACCAGUUUUCCCCUCAGCUCCUCCUCUCUCCUCCCUCUCUGCUCCAGCAAGCCCCGCCCACAAACAGACGCUCCUGCUCGCUCGUAUCGUUUCAAUUAAAUUCAGAUAUAAUACAGAUAAAUACUUCAGAUCAUUACAAAUGGGGCCCAGUCAACAUGAAAAUAAAAAAGCAUUGGUGCUACUGUAGAUGCCAACAGACUACCAGCAAACACAAUGUUUGAAGGACUUCUACAACGAGGAUAAAGUGACAUAGUCCAGGACCCGAGGGAGGACAGUUUAGUGGCGCUACAUCAGGCAGCAGGUCCGUUUGACAACUUCUGUUACAGACACUCAGCUUACUUUGUUUAAGAAGUUUAUCUUUCCAGAAGAAAUCGAUGUUGACCCGGAUUUUUAGCUCUUGUCCGGUCUACCUCCGUUUUAAGCGCCCGUUAUUCCUCCAGAGUCUCCGGUAUUUACUUUGUUUUCUUGCUUGUGUCGGCAGUCGUGGCCAAAAGAGGAUUCAGACAAUUUUCCGAACUUUCUGGUUGGUUUCUACUGUCCGAUAUUGUAGCACGCUAACUUUGUUUGGUCUUGUGAACGUUAUUCGAGGAUGUGGAGCGUGCCUAACAACCAAUCAGCACUAAGGAGCAGCGUCUGCCUCACAACCAAUCAGGUUGAAGGAGGCGGAGAACGGCUUUGUUUACAGUCAGAAAGAGCGAGCUGCUCAAAAAAUUUUAAAUGUUGACGACACAGACAUAACAAAACAGCGAUGUCGUUAUAUUACCAAAUGUCAUCAAUAACUAAUAACUAUUGACUGAUAUUAAAAGCUUUUUUGUAGAUACGCCACAAAAAAGAGGCUUCUUUAACAGAAUCCUGCCUACUCCACCUUUAACUAUGACGAAAUAUUUUAAUAAAAGGAUAAAAUUGUGCAAUCAAACGUGUUGUUACAGUACCCCGGGGUUGCCAAGAGCAUUGACAGUGACGUGAAUAACAUCAUGACCGCUCUGAGUUUGAGCAACGCGCUGCCUGAAGGUGACGUUUUUGGAGAGAGUUUCAUCAUGUCUUUGAUAACAGCAGAUUUAGUCAGUAAACUUCUGUGAUUUCCAUCUGUGUGAUAUCUUCCCUCCUUCCACAGGCCUGUUUCCUGAGCACCUUAUAGAGGUCAUGAGUCGUGAGCUGGCGCUGGAGUGUGAUUACAUAAGAGAGGCCAAAUGCGCCAAAAAAUUCCAGUGAGUUGUUUUCUUUUCUUACGACACACCCAGCACAAUGUGGGGAAGUUCAAAUCUGCCCUGCAAUAUGUGUCUUACUGUGUGUCAGAAACUACCAAACGUUUUUGUCUGUUUUAAACCUUGUGACUCGGAUUCUGUGUCCGUAUUUUUAGCACCAAAACACCAAGACAGAUUCCUUGUAUGUGCAAACCCCCUGAUUUACUUUCUUUUGUAUCAGCCUUGACAGUGAAUGUCAAUCAGAGUUACUACUGUACUCCACGUGUCACAUUAAUAACGUCUUUGUCCUCCUCUGCCCCAGAAUAGUCUGUUUGUUGUUGACACAUUAGUCACAGUUAUGUAGGUCAGGUCUAGGUGUCUCUGAACUUUGUUGUUUGUGCAUCAUCAGAGAGCUGCUGAAAGAUCAUCCAUACUUCUACGUGCCCGAUGUGAUUGACGAGCUGUGCAGCCAGCACGUCCUCACCACAGCGCUGGUGCCUGGUUUCCCUCUGGACCAGGCCACCGACCUCUCCCAGGAGCUGAGGAAUGAGGUAUGAUGGCCGUGAACCUGCAGGACAGUUCUCACCUGUGCGCUGCCAACAUGCCGCCCCCUCUGUGGUUUUUUAGAGGUCCCUGCUUUUGGCCCCUUUGCGCCUCCAGAGUCACGUCAGCACACCACAGCUGUGUCCCUGCGCAGAAUAUAUCAGCUGAAAGUAAUAAAACGAUCAUUUUUUCCUCCUCUCGGCUAGAUUUGUGAGCAGAUUUUGAUCCUGUGCCUGAGGGAGCUGUUUGAGUUCAGAUACAUGCAAACGGAUCCAAACUGGUCCAACUUCUUCUUUGAUCCACAAACUCACAAGGUCUGAUUGUCCUGAUUUCUACACAUCCACUAAAAAUACACUGAUAAAACUGACAUCUGUCUUUGGAUCUACAGGUGGCCUUGUUAGAUUUCGGAGCGACACGAGGAUUUGAAAAAAGCUUCACUGAUACCUACAUCGAGGUGAGAAAAUGUGGAAAAUGUAAGUUUUUUCACAUCUAAGAAAUGGACGGAAAUUCAUACUGAUGGCUUACAUGUUUGGGGUUUGACUGGUGAAGUGUUUUUCUAACCAGCGCAUAGGUUUUAGCUGAAAAACGAAAAUGUUGUCAAGAUCAAAUUAAAUAUGUCUUGAUAUUUGAAAUGUGAUCUUUUUGGUGGCAGUAACAGAACAGUACAAGUGGAUAACACAGACACUUUCAUGUCUUUUAACCAGAUUAUCAAUGCAGCUGCGAAUCAGAACAGAGAGGGUGUGCUGCAGAAAUCCAGAGAGAUGAAGUUUCUCACAGGAUACGAGUCAAAGGCAAGAAACACUCAAGUUAUCAAGGUUUGAUGGUGUCCUGCUGCAGAGAACCCUCAUGUGCAGGAUCUGACCUCUAUGAGCACAACAUAAACAGAAAGUUUUCUGCCAUUGCUACUGACCUCUACUGGUGACCAGAAGAAACUGCAGCUACCGAGAUUGAUUUGAAUUGCAGUCAUAUUGAAUCUGGAAAGGUUUCAUGGUGGGAAGUACUUCAAAACAAAUGCUUUUCACAGUGUAGGGCUGUGAAACAUAAUAUUCAUGAUAAAAGAUUAGAGAGGGAACUUCUUUUGAUUGUUUAGAAGUGCUAAUUACAGCAAAAAAUCUACAAAAUCUACAUCCAUGUGUGGUUAUGGAUAUGUACUCAGAGUUAAAUUCAGAUAUUUCUACAAGGAAGAUUGUCAGGUCAUAAAAAAUAUAAUAUUUCCAAUUCAGUUUUUGUUCAGAAUUGAACAGAUAUUUGGUAGAUGGUUAUAGACCUGUUAGAUGUUUCUAAUAUUUUCCUAAGUUAUGCUUUGAUGUAUUUUUGCUUUUUACUCCAUAAGGCAGCUGAAAAGAAACAGAUUCUGAUAUUUUGUUUUCACUCUUAGAGAGUUACAUUUUAAAACCUGGUGUUGUUUUAUGUCUAAAGGCGAUGGAGGACGCCCAUGUGGAUGCUGUGAUGAUCCUCGGGGAGGCCUUCUCCUCUGAGGAGCCCUUCAACUUCGGCUCCCAGAGUACAACCGAGCGGAUCCACAGCCUCAUCCCCGUGAUGCUCAGAGAGCGGCUCACUCCACCUCCAGAAGAGACGUACUCUCUCCACCGAAAGAUGGGCGGCUCCUUCCUCAUCUGCUCCAAACUCAAAGCUCAAAUAACCUGUAAGAAGAUGUUCCGGGAGGCCUAUAAGAACUACUGGAAGGAUGAGCGUCCAGAGACAAUACAGUAAAGCUGAAGAUUCCCAUAAAGGCUGUUGAGAACCAGAAUUUUCUGGCCGCAUUUGUAGUAUUUUGAACAAUUUAACUCACACAUUCUUACCUGGGAGGAUAUUUUGGUGCAACCUGGGCCAGAUAAUGUCUGCGUGUUAAAAACAUUUGCAUAUCUGUGUGCUUUUUAUUCCAUCACCGAUCGUGAACAGGACUUCAAUCCAGACUAAAACAAAUUAAUGUGUGCAGAUAACUUGAAAAUAUUAUUUGAAUGAAUAUGUUGAUGCUUAUUGUGCAACCUGACAAUCUGUAUGUUUCUGAGGAGAUGUUUCAUCUGACCAGGACUGUCAGCUGAAAUAAAUUGACUUUAAAUGUUGUCAGAGGAUUGUAUAUUUACAAAAAUAUAGAUUUAUAUUUUAAUGACAUCGCCAUGGAGCUCAGCUGACUGAAACGAAUCGACAUGUCCUGAAAUCUUAAAUAAGCUCUUCUUACUUUAAAACUGCUAAUUCGACCCAUCCGAAGAGCUGUUAUCUUAGCCCAGUUCAUUUCUCCUACUUACAGAGUUAGUGUUGUUGCAAAGUCUCCAAAAAGAGCAACUCUGGAUUUACCCAAAGCUAAAAUACCCUGUGAGAAGAUACCAACACUUCUACUUCAAAUGUCUUCAAGUUUAAUUCCAGUCAUUGAUUUUGGUGGAUUUUUUUUGUAGGUUUUUGCAUUUUCUCCAGUGAGCUAAGAAGUUGUUUUGGUCAGAAGUAUUUCUGCAAGGUAUCAAAUGUACAAUUAAUUAAGAAAUGUUUGACUGAACACAAUGUCACAGUGUUACAGAGUCAUUUAGCAGACACAUUUGUCCAAAGGGACAUAAACCUUAAAGUAUGACGCAAACAAGGAUGUAACCUGAGAACCUUAACAUAAAUAUGGUAACAGAGCUGCUGAAAUGCCCUACCACAUAAAUAAAAAUACAGUCAAUUGCCAUGUUUUUCUAAAUAAAGCUGAAGAAGAGGCAAA